AUGAACAACCAACGAAUUAAUAACAACGAUGAAAGGCCCAAGGCCACCUCAACAAUCCCACCUCCUUUGCCUCCCUUUCGAUCUGUUCGUAUGAACGUUGGGCCAGCUCCAGUCAUGGUGCAGCCUCAAUCCUUCGGUGCCAAGGCUCCACCGAUGAUGCCGGGCGCUAGUUCGUUUGGAGCAAAGCAUGGGCAAGGGAAGACAAUGAUGGCACCUCCCAAACCCAUGGGAUUUGCUUCUAGUGGAACCGCGAUGCAAAACAACUCUAUCAGUACUUCCAGCAAUUCCAAGUUUGUAUGGAAGGUCGAUGCUUUGCAAACCGUUCCAGUCUAUCAUCCAUUGGAACGCACAGCUGUUACCUUUGGAAACGAGCACACCUUGGACAUGAUCACUCAGCGAAUCUCAAAUUUCAUGAAGGAGCAGUCCAUCCAUUGUGAUUACGAUGAUGCCAUGGCUCGAGUCGUAUGUUCCACGGCGUGCUGUCUCUUCUUUAGCGUCCAGUUGUGGCAAAAGGCCGGAUCUAUCGUCAUGGAAAUGCAACGAAAGCAAGGAUGUGCCAUUUACAUGCAAUCAUUGCGUCAACAACUCAAGGAUUGCAUCUUGUUCGGUGAACAACCAAACAAGACUCAAGAUGUGACAUGUCCUCCUGCCCUCAAGCAGCAACUGGCUCGCAUGAUUCCUGCCAUUCCUGCUGCUGUUGAGCAGGAACAAGGAUCUUGCAUCGAUCUGUGUCAAGAAAUGCUGGCUAGCAAUUUCAUGAAUCAUCAACGCAUGGGACUCGAAUCUCUUUGCAUUCUUACCGAUGCUUCCAAGGUUCAGUGCUCACUGAAGGCCUCCGAAAAGGUCCUUCAAGAUUCCAAGUUGCAAGAGUUGCUUCUCAACUACGUUGAAGACCAGCAACAAGCAAGUUUGCACUUGCUCGCUGUCAAGGCAGUGUCUCAAGCUCUCGAGUCUACUGCUACUAACAGUGGCAACCUCAAGAUUGACUUGGGCUCUGUCUUUUGGCAUACAGUCCUCCAAGCGCUCUAUCAGCACAUUCAACGUCCUCACGAGAAGCCAUUGGAAGCGGCCCUUGCCAUCAAGGCUUUGAGACUUUUGCAGCUCUCCAAUCCCGAGUGCCUGCAAGUGCUUCAACGCAAACAUUCCCUCCCAGUUACGGCCUUUUUGCAAAUUGCCCAUGAAUUUGGCAAGCAACACUCGGCAUCUCUGGAAAGCGAGGCUCAGCAAUUCAUGAUGAGUGUUGUACAUUGA